UUCUGGCUUCAUGGUUUUUUCGGUGUCGUCCACAUGGUAUAUUGGGUAUCGCGAGAGCCAAGUGCACUUUCAGGGGGAGAGGUUUUAGUGCUGAGUCUUGGAAAUUGACUCACGAGGUGCUGAGGUCUUGCACGUCGCCACAAGCUCAAUUCAGUUGCUAUUCGAUCGUCAGGCGAGAAGGUGGAAAAGCAUAUUUCGUGUUAAUCUGUGCCCCCACGUUUUCUUUUUAGUAGCAUACCGUUUCUCUCUCUCACUUGCAGAGAUGAUCUUGUAAUUUUCAUCAAAUUACCAAUUGUGCGGUGUUUUGUGUGUUUUCUUGUGAUUUUUUUUCUCUUUGCCGGGGUGAAAGAAGAAAAAAAAAGAUCUUGAAAGUUUGAUCCCAAUCGGAAUAUUUCAAUAUGUGUGUGCAACAGAGUUUUUAACGGACUUGUGAUUCAAUGCAACUCUUCAUUAUAAGCUUGGCAUUAUCCAUAGAGAUUUCCAAGAGGAGGAUUUAAUUUAUGGAUUAAAAUUUCAAUCUUCUCUGCAUUUGAUUACAGAUUGAAAAUUAUCUCUAUUUUUUUUUUAAAGAAAGAAGUUAUUUGUGGUGGUGGUGAAUUUCCACAUGAGAUGAUUAUGAAAGGGGAAGGCGGAAAAUAUUGAGGAUUAUCAAUCUUCUUGCAACACAAGAAAAAUGUUCAAAUGUGCAUUGAAAGGGGAGGCGUGAAAGAGCACAAAAAUCUUGUGCGCGUGUGCAUUUGAUGUUAUCACUAAAAUUUCCAUAUGACCAGGUGUGUUCGGCGUAAAGGUAGACAAUUGUGCCAGAAGAGUGAAAUAUGUCGAGAUGGAAAGACACGGUGAAAAAGAGAGAAUUUACCGGAGAUGCAAAAAGCCACCCUGGGCACUUGGAUGAGAUUCUUCCAGCGCCAAUUGAGAAUGAUCCACAGAGUGUUAUGGAGGAGGGACGGAUUAGUGUGCCAAAGACUCGGAGUAUUGCUGGGCUCUCGAGGAGCUAUCUGAAGAAAUUCACCAAUUACUUCACGAAUAGCUCCACCCUCGGCAAAAGCCGAAAGAAUCCCUUCACCGUGGAGGAGAAGUUCACGGUAAAGGCCGAGGGGGAUAAUUUGAGUAGUGAUGGCUCAACGAAGGAACUAUGCUCAGUUGAAUCGCCCAAAGUGAUGCAGAAAACUACUGCGACUAAGACAGAAAAAACUGAAGAUGGCCAGAGAGCUGAAUUACCAGAUUCUUCAUCGUCAGCAGGAACACCAAAUCCGGAAUAUAACGCGUUUCUCCUGCCGCGAGUCUGCCUCAAGCAACAGGAAUCCGGAGUCACCAUGAGACGAUCCAAUAAUUCCGGUUCGGAAAAAGGUUACAGCAAAUCUGGUCAUGAACGCAUUUCAUCGUCUCACUAUUCAACGGACAAGAGUGGCUCAUCGGGAUACUAUAGCUCUAAUCUCUACUCCACUGGCUCUGUCGAUGAGCACAUUUACAGUGAGCCGGUGAUUGAUGCUAUUGAGGCGUCGGCGGUAAAGAUGACACCAAAGAUCGCAGAGAAGAAGAAUAAUAAAACGUGCAAUUUUGCUGACACCCUCAAUGAUGAUGAACGAAAGGUUCACCGAUCUGUUGGGUAUGAUUUUGAGAAUGAACAGCAUUAUGGAUCACCAUUGGAGAGGCGUCUAUCACUAGAGUAUGCAAAGAGAUCGACACAGAAAUUACCGACAAUUAUGGAGGGUAUCGAUGGGCAAAUUCCCCGUCCAAUCUGGCCAUCGGAUAUGGAUGAUUCUCUUGUGGAUAUCAAUUUGGACUCAUUUCUGCUCAAUAAGGAGAAAAAUGGGCAAGUGGAUGGGAAUGGAAGUUCAGUUGAGGGAAUUAUCAAUCCAGCUCUGGAUUGUGAUGAUUUGUCGGAGAGCAAUAGCCUGGAGAAUAACUAUCGAUGUGCCAAAUAUGUCAAUUCCUGUCCAGAAAAUCCGUAUUGCGUUGAGGGUGUUCUGGAGGAUUUGCAGUCAUCUGUGGACAAAUCCCUUUCGCUCUAUCUGCAGAAAUGUGAGGAUAAUAUCACCAUUCAGACGACAAGGGAAUUCCUCGAGGAUAUCCGGAAGAAACUUACUACUCUCCUGGAGGAGCACUAUGACGAAAAUGGUGAUCCAUUGACACCAACACGAAGCACGAUUGUCCGUGCGGAUGACAAGCGACAGUCUCGUCGCAAAUAUACCACUGUGAUCAAGGAGGACAUCAAGAAUCUCCGGAGUGACCUGGAUGACUAUCUAAAGGUCAUGAAUCAGACGAAUGAAUUUGAAAUUCAGCAGCUAUGCACAGGAAUUGCACGGGAUGCUCGAUUGACCACCAUGAAGAAUGCCCUGGAGAAUCGGAUGCGCAAUCAGGAGAAUGAACGACGACUGGGAAGUCUGGUCAUGAGGAAUUUUUCCGAUGGAUGUCGUGGAUCCGGAAGGCGAUCUCUAGCCUUCUAUGACGAAGAUCUUCUUCAUCAGAGUGAAGAUCCGAAUUUUCAGCUUAAACGAAAAACCUCUCCAUGCUCCUCAGAUUGUGAUCCAAUGGCACAGGAAAUUGUGGAUAGUGAUGCCAUUGUUCCGGCUGAACAGAGUCAAAUGCAGCAGAAUAUUGCAAUGCAGCCAGCGCCUCUUCUUCUGCCGAAGAUAUACAAGGGCCCGGCGUCUGAGCAAGAAAUGAUUCUCGAGUGGCAUCGCAAUAAACCAAGCAUCUGGGAGCAGUAUUAUGGGAUCAAUAGACCGGAUCAGCCAAUAAUUGUGAGGAAGACCAAAAUCACCAGCGGCAACGGCAAGAAGAAGCCCAUCUCCGUGGUCUCAUACGUGAGUACAAUAUUAAUAUUUCUUAAUAAUAUAUCCGAUUUAUCCAUAAAGCACCCUCCCACCCUGAUAUACGCCCCAUCUCUCUGUGCUCACACCUCAAAUCGCGCUAUUUAUGGGCCUCAUGGUGCGAACAAAUUGCGUGUAACCUUGUCGUGGCAUCGAAUCGUGUAUUUUGUAACGUCAACCAUGUCUUCGUGGGCCUCUCUUCCUCCUCCCGGACAGCACUGUGCAUAGUAGCACGAUGCUCUCUAAACUUGGCUAUUGCGCCUCUUGUGCAAUCUACACACACUUUAUUCAUAUCGCGUCUCACCCAAACAGUGGCUUCUGUCUUGCACUCAAAAUGAGGCAUUUCGUGUCACGGCUCUGUUCUUCGGAACAGAGCUGUGAAUACUUUGGUGAAUUCAGAUUCAGAUUUUGCAUUAAUCAUUGAGAAUUUAAAAUAAUUUAUUUGAUGACUUUAUGAUUCUAUUUCAAUGAAAAAUGAAAAGACGGAAUUUUUCAUUCGAACAUAUUUUUUUAGCAUUAUGCACAACGCACAAUAAAUUUUGUUUAGUAAACAUGUUUUUGACAUUUCAGUGAGAGUGAGUGAGAUCUAGAUAUAGUCAUCUCGCUCAUUCUCAUGGGAAAUUUUGGAAACAUGUUUACAAACAAAAGUUAUUGUGCGCUGGUCAUUAUACUGUUCUUAAGUGCUUCUGCAUUAUUGACUUUUCUUUGUGUUAGUUCCUGUCUCGACUACUUUGUCCAGUUCUUGCCGUGUUCUAAAACCGCCAAACAGUUGAGACAUGAACCAAUACAAAGAAAAGUCGAUAAUUCAGAAGCACUUGAGAAGAGUAAAGUGCUAAAAAAUAUUCAGGAGAAAGAUUUUUUCUCUUACUUUUCCUUUUUUAUCGAGCUCCUAUAUUAUUUUUAAUCGUAACGAGAUAUUUGCAUUGGUAAUCAUUUUUACAAUGACGUAUCCCGUAGUAGAAAAAAUCUGCUAAGUCCAUUGUAGAUAGCCUAGGAGCGCUUUCCCGUAGUCCAGAAUAUUUUCUUUAGAACUUUACUGUUGACAAGUGUUUCUGCAUUAUCGACUUUUCUUUGUGUUGGUUCCUGUCUCGACUGUUUUGCCCAGUUCUCGCCGUGUUCUAAAACCACUUAACAGUCAAGACAUGAACCAACACAAAGAAACGUCAGUUAUGUAGAAGCACUUGAGAACAGAUGCUAAGAAAUGUUCAGGAGAAAGAUUUUCUCUAUUCCUUUUCCCUUAUAAGAAGGGGAAAUCUUUCCCCUAAACAUUUUCUUAGCACAUUACCGAGCUCCUAUAUUACUUUUAUUGGUAACGAGAUAUUUGCAUUGGUAAUCAUUUUUACAAUGAUGUAUCCCGUAGCGGAAGAGUCUGCUAAGUCCAUUGUAGACUGCCCAGGAGCGCUUUACCGUAGUCCUGAAUAUUUUUUUUUAGAACUUUACUGUUCACAAGUGUUUCUGCAUUAUCGACUUUUCUUUGUGUUGGUUACUGUCUCGACUGUUUUGUCCAGUUUUCGGCGUGUUCUAAAACCACCAAACAGUCGAGACAUGAACCAAUACAAAGAAAAGUCUAUAAUUCAGAAGCACUUGUGAGCAGCAAAGUUCUAAAACAAUGUUCUAGCUGAUGUUAAGGCAUUUUCAGAACAUAUAUAACAUCCAACCUAAGUCAAGCGAUUGUCUGGAUACAGGGGCUCGAAGUUCAAAAUUUUGACACUUUCAUGAAUACAGAACUACGAGGAGCUUCUUUCAUCGAAAUCAUUACAAAAAGGCAGCGCUAUCGUUAGACGAUAAGAUCUAACAUACAAAAAAAAAGAAAA